AUGUCGGGCUAUACUUACAAUCACAGUGGCAGUGGUGAGAGAGAGGGGAGUGUGUUAGUGCUGGAACCUUCCAAGGAGACCACACCAGCUGAUUUGCACCUUUGCAUCUCCAAUCUCCUCACUCAAUUCCAACUCCAUCUCUCCGAGAGGGCCGACCAUUAUAUAGGGUAUCCGCACAACCAGAAUUGCGACCAUUACACAGCUCUAUCUCCUCUGCUGCGCUUCCACGUCAACAACAUCGGCGAUCCUUUCAACGAAGGCAACAUCGGCCUCAACUCCCGGCCCUUCGAGAUCGGAGUUUUGGAUUGGUUCGCGCGCCUGUGGGAGAUCGAGGAAGACCAGUACUGGGGCUAUGUCACCACCUGUGGAACUGAAGCCAAUCUCCAAGCCAUUUUAUUAGGGAGAGAGUUAUUGGGAGAUGGAAUACUGUAUGCAUCUAAAGAAUCACACUAUUCGGUGUUCAAAGCAGCCAGAAUGUUUAAGAUUGAGUGUCAAGUAAUAAACGCCUUACCCAAUGGAGAAAUAGACUGCGAAGAUCUUAAAGAAAAACUGUCUAUGAAUAAGGACAAACCCGCCAUCAUCAAUGCCAAUAUUGGUACCACUUUCAAAGGAGGUGUCGACAACCUUGAUCUCAUUGUGAAAGCUUUAAAGGAAUGUCAAUUCACAGAAAAUCAAUUCUAUAUCCAUUGCGAUGCAGCACUCAACGGUCUUAUUUCUCCUUUUCUUCAUAAGGGGCCUAGGCUUAGUUUCAAGCACCCGAUCGGAAGCAUCUCCGUGUCGGGGCAUAAACUAUUGGGCUGUCCGAUGCCAUGUGGCGUGUACAUGACGCGAAAGAAAUGCAUCAGUCUUCUAUCUACAAACAUAGACUACAUAGGCAGUUUGGACAACACCAUAAGCGGGAGUCGGAGUGGACACGCCCCGAUCUUCAUGUGGUACGGCCUCAGCCUUAAAGGCCUCUUAGGUAUCCAACGCGACGUCCUAGAUUGUCUCAAGAAUGCUCGGCGCCUACGAGACGGGCUAAGAGAAUCCCGGAUCAGCACUUUGCUCAACGAGGACGGCGUUGUAGUUGUUUUCGAGAGGCCCUUGGACAAAGACUUUGUUCGACACUGGCAACUCUCUUGCACGGGAAACUUGGCCCAUGUUGUCGUCAUGCCUCAUGUUACGUCCAAAAUGUUGGACGAUUUCCUCAACGAACUUGUCCGAAAGAGAAAGUGUUGGUACGGAUGUGGGGGAGGGGAACCUCCUUGUGUUGCAGAAGAGAUUGGAGCUUCGAACUGUGCUUGUGUUGUCCAUGGCGAGGGACAAAAUGGACUUAUAGUUAUGUAACAGUUACUUCAUAUGAUCGAAAAAUCGUUGCAUCCUUAAUUAAUGUAAACUCCGAUAUAUGAUGAUCUUGAAUAAGAAUGAAAGAAAAGAACAGGGGAAUCUCUGUUUUGAUCUUCUUAGCUUAAUA